AGCCAUUGAACACCAAUGAGGUCAUGGAUUUACCACCAGGCAAAGAGCUUCAACCACUUGUCGGCCCAGUACAAGUCUGGGAGAAAAACAAUCCCAGUACGAGUCUGGGAGGGGGAAAAAAAAAAACAAUCACCCACUAACAAAUGUAUUGAGUGAGUAGAAAGAACAGGACAGAAAGAGAGAAAAUUAGUUGUGGAUACGUUCAGGCUUAAAGUGGAGCUUCAAGAAAAGGAACACAGUCAAGUCUUUUAUGAUCAUUAGAACCAUUCUUACAGCCCUCUUUUUGGAUUGCUUCAUAUGGAUUCCUGCCUUGUUUCCUACUUGAUGUUUGCCAGUUAAAAGCUGAGUAGGCGUUGAAGGCGUUGAGUUACAGCACUGCACAGAGCUGGGAUUUUCUCAAACCAAGAGCUGAUCUCCAUCUACCAAUCUGGGUCUAAACGGAGCAGCUGAGCACCGUUAAGCACUAACUUAAAGUUCCCAGGCAGCUUCUUUCUCCAUUCAGCUCUGUUACUGCAGAAAUGCCUUGGGGACACAAAACAGUCCUUCUCUGUGGUUUGGCGAUCUACAUCUUAUCACUGGUGGUAGGUGUAGAGGAAAUGCGGAGACAUGAUGAGUGUGCCGACGUCCACAACACCACAUGGAAGGAGUACCGACAGCAAAGCGACAAGCUGGAGGUUAAGUACCUGCUACUGACAAGGAGAAACAUGGACUGUGCACACAUGUUCAACCAAGAGUCUCUCACACAACAGGCUUCCUACUUCAACAUCUCCCGUCCAACCAAAGUCAUCAUCCAUGGGUACAGGGCCUUGGGCAGUAAGCCUACUUGGGUGAAAGAGUUGGCGCAGGCCCUCCUUAGAGUCCAGGAUGUGAAUGUCCUGGUGGUGGAUUGGGUCUAUGGUGCCUCCUUCGCCUACAACCUGGUGGUGGAGAAUUACAAGGAGGUGGCUGUGCAGAUCUCUGUCCUCAUCAACCAGCUGCAGGAACAUGGAUGCAAACUUGAUUCCUUCCACUUCAUUGGGGUCAGUCUUGGGGCUCACGUUGCUGGUUUCGUUGGGACUCUUUUUGAAGGGAAGAUUGCAAGAAUCACAGGUCUCGACCCUGCUGGACCCAUGUUUAAAGGAGCUGACACCUUCGACCGGCUCGACCCCUCUGAUGCUCAGUUUGUUGACGCCAUACACACAGACUCUGACUAUUUUGGCAUCUCCAUCCCCGUGGGUCAUGUGGACUUCUUUCUGAACGGAGGCAAAGACCAGACUGGAUGUGCACGCUCCCGGUUUGCCUCAAUUCUUGUGUAUUUUCCAGUGUAUGGCUACGUGAUAUGUGACCACAUGAGGGCGCUGCACGUUUACAUGAGCGCGCUGAACGGCUCGUGCCCUUUGAUUGGCAUCCCGUGCUCCAGCUAUGAGGACUUCUUGAAGGGAAACUGCUUGGACUGUGAUGUCUUCAAGGGGAGAUGUCCAGUUAUAGGUUUAUCAGAAAACAGCGGGAUAACCGUAUCACCGGUUCCCAAAGAGCAGAAGCUAUUCCUCCUCACGACUUCUUCGGCACCUUUUUGUGCUCAUCACAUCCUGCUGGUGCUGGAGGUUUCUGUCCUGGAUAAAAGCGCAGAUGUGGAAGUGACACUGAGGACAGAGAACCUGGGAACAGAACACAGGCUCAGGCUUCAGACAGAUACAACAGUGUACAGGACGGUGGUGUCUCACCCUGCAGCUCUGUGUGAGAUCCACUCCAUUCAGUUGAAGAACAUUGGAGCCCGCUUCUACAGACAGGGAGAGGUCCACGUGAAGUCUGUCUGUCUGUCCGAGAUCCCCUUUCUGAGGCGUGAGCAGCCACUCUGCGUGAACAACAUCAAUAUCAGACGAGGAGCUCUGUGGUCACAUGACUUUGUACAGGUGUGUAACUUCUUCUGAAGAAAGAGAUCUUCUCAAAAGGACUGAAGUCACCGAGGGGUGGAGUCAGUUUCACAUUUUAAGCCAUCUUUUUUUUUUUAAAGAUCUCCACCUCAGUGGGUGGAGCCAAAGACAUUGUAGACAAUGUUGUGUAGUUAUACUAAGGUUUGCUAACCUGAUCUUCAAACAUUAUACCUGUUAUGAUCAUGAAACAGUGAAAAGGAUGUGUUGUACAUUUUUACAUCUUUAUGUCUUUUGUCAUCCCAAUUUUUGUGUUAUCCCAGUUUAUUCCUGCCUGUUGUUUAUAGAUUGAAACUUUCUUCUGUGGUCUGAUUUUAGGUUUAGAUGUUCAUGGUGACCAGUUUCAUGUAUCUUAUAUGUAGUUUUAGUGUAGCUGAGUGCUGCUGAAUUCACUUUGUCCGUUAAAGCCAAGAAAUAAACUGGUGACCAUG